AUGAUCCAAAUUCCAAACUACAAAGAUGUGCGCUUGUCAGAUGACGUCAUCAUCAACCUUGAUCAAGGAGAUCCGACGGCGUUCCAAGAAUAUUGGAUGAAGAUGAGGGACAGGUUUACGGUAGUGAUACCAGGAUGGGAUCUGAUGAGUUACUUCAGCGAUACGAAGAAUGUGUGUUGGUUCCUAGAGCCAGAGCUUGAGAAGGCGAUCAAGGCGUUGCAUGGUACAAUAGGUAAUGCAGCUACCGAGAAACGCUACAUCGUGGUGGGGACUGGCUCGUCACAGCUUUUUCAGGCCGCUUUGUUUGCACUUUCGUCGCUCUCUGAGGUCACACCUGUCAGCAUCGUUGCAGCGGCUCCUUAUUACUCCACAUACGUGGAGGAGGCAUCGUAUCUUGAUUCGAAGCUAUACAAAUGGGAAGGAGACGCAAGGACGUUCGACAAAAAGGGACCGUACAUAGAGAUGGUGACCUCACCGAACAACCCUGAUGGGACUAUGAGAGAGCCGGUGGUGAACCGUAGGGAGGGUAGGAAAGUGAUCCAUGACUUCGCGUAUUACUGGCCACACUACACUCCGAUCACUCGUCGUCAAGACCACGACCUUAUGCUCUUCACCUUCUCCAAGAUCACUGGCCACGCUGGGUCACGUAUUGGGUGGGCGUUAGUGAAGGACAUAGAGGUGGCUAAGAAGAUGGUGCAAUACUUAACAGUAAACUCCAUUGGUGUAUCGAAGGAGUCACAAACUCGAGCCACCACAAUUCUCAACGAACUGANUUCGUUUGCGUGGUUGGGGUUAAAAGAGGAAAGAGAUCUGGGAAGUCUCUUAAAGGAGAAGAAGGUUUUGACGAGAGGAGGGGACCGAUGUGGCUGUGACAAGAAGUACGUCCGUGUCAACAUGCUUAGCCGCGACGACGACUAUGGCGGCUUUCUCCACAGACUCGCCACCAUCAAAGAUCUCAAAUGCAUCGUGCCUUAG